UUCAUGGAAACAAACACACUUUAGGCCUACUGCAAGUUCAUUUCUUUGUCACUUUCUACCAGACAAUUCUAACUUGCUCAUGCUUGCUAUCUGUGAUCUGGAUAAAUUGAGUGAAACAUUUUUUUUUCUGGAAGUAAUGUCCUUGGGCCCUGCAAGUCUGGUAAAGUUUGCUAAAUAGUGUGAAAUCUAGGCUACUUCCUGGGAAUGUCUUUUUUUGUCUUUCUCUUUUUGUGAGAGGUGUGUCUACUUGUGAAAUAUUUGUUUGUUGUGUAACCCAUACCUAACUGACAUUAUAGACCUAUGUCCAGUGUAACCCAUACCUAACUGACAUUAUAGACCUAUGCCCAGCGCUUCUAAAAGAGAAAGAAACAAUGUUAAACCAAAGCAGGAUCCUUAUAAAAGGAGGGAAAAUUGUGAACGAGGAUUGCUCCAUUAUCAGCGAUGUCUACGUUGAAGACGGAAGAAUUAAAGAAGUCGGAUUAAACCUCCAAAUCCCGGCUGGAGUUACCGUUAUAGAUGCCACCAAUAAACUAGUGAUACCGGGUGGUAUCGAUACCCAUACCCACAUGGAGUUGGAAUUUAUGGGCACCAAAGCAGUAGAUGAUUUCCAUAUUGGAACUAAGGCUGCCCUGGCAGGAGGGACCACCAUGAUCCUAGACUUUGUGAUCCCCCAGAGAGGCACGUCCCUGCUGGAGGCCUAUGAUAGGUGGAGGGACACGGCUGAUGCCAAGGUCUGCUGCGACUACUCCCUCCAUGUGGCAGUCACAUGGUGGAGCGACAAGGUCAAAAAGGAAAUGGAGACUUUGGCCAAAGAGAAAGGUGUCAACUCCUUCAAGAUGUUCAUGGCAUACAAGGAUGUGUUCAUGCUUCAAGACCAUGAGCUGUAUGCUGCGUUUUCCCAAUGCAAAGAGAUUGGAGCUAUAGCCCAGGUGCACGCAGAGAAUGGAGACCUUAUUGCAGAGGGGGCUAAGAAGAUGCUGUCCCUGGGCAUCACAGGUCCGGAGGGUCAUGAGUUGUGUCGUCCUGAGGAGGUGGAGGCUGAGGCCACCCAGAGAGCCAUCACCAUCGCCCACGCUGUCAACUGCCCGCUCUAUGUUGUCCACGUCAUGAGCAAGUCUGCCGCUAAGGUGGUGUCCAACGCACGCAGAAAUGGCCGUGUGGUGUUUGGAGAGCCCAUAGCAGCAGGACUGGGUACAGAUGGCACCCACUGCUGGCACAAAGACUGGGCCCACGCUGCCAAGUUCGUCAUGGGCCCACCUCUGAGGCCCGACCCCAGCACCCCGGGAUACCUUAUGGACCUACUGGCAAAUGAUGACCUCAGUGUGACUGGGACAGACAACUGCACAUUCUCUGUGUGUCAGAAGGCCCUGGGCAAAGACGACUUUACAAAGAUCCCCAACGGAGUCAACGGAGUGGAGGACAGGAUGUCUGUCAUUUGGGAGAAGGGCGUUCAUAGCGGGAAAAUGGACGAGAAUCGAUUUGUAGCUGUCACCAGCAGCAAUGCAGCGAAAAUCUUCAACUUCUACCCCCAGAAGGGAAAGAUCGCUAAGGGAUGUGACGCUGAUGUGGUCAUAUGGGACGCUAAGGCAACCAGGUGAGACAAGGAUAAAGACCA